GUACAAAUAGCCCUGGGCUGCUCAGGCUCCAGAAUCCAGCUCCUAACUUCUUCUCAUUACCCAGAAGCUGACGCUCAGGUCCAAACACAGGAUGAAGCUGUCCCUGGCUUUUGUCCUGGUUGCUAUAGCCCUUUGCUGCUACCAGGCGGAUGCAGGAGCCGUCUGUCCAUCAGUUGCUCAAGAUCUAGUUAAUUUCUUCACGGCUCCAGACCAUGUCUACCUCAGAGAACUUCUGAAGUACGACUUAUCUCAGCAGGUUGUGGCGGAUAGGAUGGAAUUAAAGCAAUGCUCGAAUAACAUGAGCAUGAGAAACAGACAGCUCAUGAACAGACUAUUGAUGAAAAUUUAUGCCAAGUGCAAGGAAUAGAAGGGGAAAUUCUUCUAUACCAUCAUCCAAAGGUUGCAAUAUUGAAGUGACCUUAUUAGGAAAUCAAUGCAUGAAAUUCAAUAUUUGUUCUAAUAAAUUUCUUUGUCUGAA